UUGCAUGUGGAUAAAUCCAAGAUGGCCGCGCCCACGUAAACAUCGAGGAAAGUAAUUCGGACGACGUUUGUUGAAGUUAAAAUGUGAUUUAUGUAUUGCAUCUAAGUCCUAAAACACCAAGGUCAAGCAAAAUUUGUAUAAGCUGGUAUGUCUACCCAAGCCAUGGCGGAGAAUUUGCCCGACUCAAACGCACACCCGGCCCCUCGCACCGAGUCCCAGCAACAGACUCAGAAGGUCAUGACCUUUCACCUGUACGACCCUGAUGUAUCUACAUCUCUUCUGGAAGGCAUCACGCUAUCACCUUGCCAACUGAACACAGAAAUUGACGGGGUCAUCGACAUGCCUGAUGAUGAUCAGCAAAAUACAACUAAUAGUCCAGAAACUGACAUUUAUACUGUGUCAACAAAGAUGGCAUGUUCCUUGUGCAAUUGUUUGUUUACUUCAAGACAACUUCAGACAGAUCAUUACAAGUUGGACUGGCAUCGGUUCAACUUGAAGCAGAAACUUAUGAGGGCUGAACCAGUAACAGAAGACAAUUUUGAAAAAAUAUCGGGAGAUGUCUCGAGUAUCUCAGGUAGUGAUUCCUAAACGGACAGCGACAGCGAUGACAUGUCUGGGUACCAGUCUCGUCAAACAUCAAAUCAAUCAGAUAGGAGUAGACGGGUGAAGACAACUUCUCAUAAGAUUAGAGGUCGUGGGCACCCCAAAGUGUUCUUCAGAAGCGGCAACGGAAAGCUGGUAUCGGUGCAUCGUUGUAUCUUGUACGGAAAGAAGAAUGCACCAGCAACUCAGCAAGAACUUGUUGCCAUGGCAAUGCAGAUACCCACAAGGAUGAAAUGGCUGAUUCUUAUGAUCGGCGGCGGCCAUUUUGCAGGUGCUGUUUUUGACGGGAAGGAGAUUGUAUCCCACAAGACGUUUCAUCGCUACACAGUCAGAGCGAAACGAGGAACGGCGCAGGGAAUGCGAGAUUCACAGCAGGGUGGUAACCAGCCAAAGUCAGCGGGAGCAUCCUUACGUCGUUAUAACGAAGCAGCUCUUGUUGAAGAUAUUCAAACGCUCUUUGCAAGUUGGGCCGACUCCGUCAACUCCUGCCAUCGUAUCUUCUUGAGGGCGCCGAGCUACAACAAGAAGGUGUUCUUUGGGGGAAAGAAUCCUCUGCUAGAUCUCAAAGAUGAACGAAUCGUCACGAUACCUUUUGCAACGAGACGACCAACGUUCAAAGAAAUCCGAAGAGUGCAUGAACUACUCGCAUCGGUUGAAUGUUACGGAGAUGCAAAUGAAGCUGAAAAGAGAUUUACGGCGAUGUUUUCACCUAAGACCAGCCAGCCGAAGAAUACUCCCAAGGUGACCGUAAACAAAGAAGAAAAAUUGGAGAAGGAAAAUGAUGUUACGAAACCUUCACCACUCAGAGAAGAUAAAGAGAAUCGGCCUGAGGUUAUUACGGAUGGCGAAGGUGAUGUAGAGUUGGUAAUGUUGGAGGAAGAGAUAUCUACCCUAGACCUCCAGGAAUUUGAAACCAGGAUUACAAAACCAAAAAGGACGAAGAAGAAAAAGAAGCCAAAGAAGAAACAGGAAGCUGAAGAUGGCAAACCCAGCGGCAAAAUGGAGACACUGUGUGAGGCCUGCAGGCAAGGAGAUUGGGACCGUCUCCAAGCUUUGUUGAUGACACUCAGAGUUGAUGAGACCGUCCCUGAUGGGGGCGAGGAACAAUCAGAGGAGACUCCAGGGACUGUUGAUGCCAGAGAGGAAGAGAGGGGCUUUUGGGAUGCAGAUUUUGAGACAGCGCCGUUAGAGGUAGCGUCCCAAGACAAAACAGCGGCAGGGCUUGUGAGUUCCAUUGUCCACUCUGAAGACGAUGUUGUGAGAAAGCCAACUCAGGAUGAUACUCUUAAAAAUGUAAGCCUUCCGGAAAGUACAAGUGAGCAGUGUAUGAUGGGUAAAGAGCAAGGCAUGAUGGGAAAAGAACAAGGCAUGAUGAGUAAAGACAAAGGCAUGAUGGGUAAAGACAAAUGCAUGGUGGGUAACGACCAAGGUAUGAUGGGUAACGAGCAAGGCAUGGUAGAUAACCAAGUCAUGACUGAUCUGAAGGGUGCAUCAGCCAUCGUCAAUUGUCCUGUGGACGAGGAAGGCAGUACUCUGUUACAUGUGGCUGCUGUAGCUGAACAGGCAACGAUGCUGUGGAAUUUGUUGGACAUCGGAGCUGAUCCCGCCAUAAAGAACAAGAAGGGCCAGCCUCCUUAUGUUCUGUGCAGUAAUAAGGAGAUUAGGAAGGAGUUCAGAAGAUACAUGGCCGCUCAUCCCGAGAAGUACGACUACGAGAAAUCACAGAUUCCAAGUCCAUUGACCUCUGACCUUGAGGAACUGAGAGCAGCAAAAGCGGCAGAGAAGAGGAGGAUACAGAAGAAGAACAAGAGGAUUAGAGACAAGGAGCAGAAACAAGAGCUUAAGCAACAAGAGGAGGAGCAGAGGAAGCGAGAUUUAGAGGAAGAGGAGAGGAGACGGUUCGCUGCUUUGACUGAUCGAGAGAAGAGAGCUAUCGCUGCCGAAAGACGACUCAAUGCUCAGCUUACAUCUCAGAAACCCACAGGGACAACAACACUCACUAAUACUCAGCGAUGUUGGUUGUGUGGAAAUAGCCUAGCAGGCAAGGUUCCGUUUGAAUACCUCGACUACAAGUUCUGUACCAUCGAUUGCGUCAAAGCACACAAACAACAGCAGAAAAACGCCAAAUCAUGACUGGAAAUAUGAAAUCGGACCCAGGAUUUUGUUGUUUGAGAUUUUGAUUAAAUGUUAUUGGGUCAAGUUCUUCGGUGCGUUUAAUAUACCAGACUCAAAGUCAACCCCAUUUGAACAUAAUUUAUUUCUGAAAGUAUACACAGUGACUAUUAUUCAAUGGAAAAAACCAAGGCUGCCGGACUUGUGCGGUCAUGAGUUAACUGGCCCGUUGCUUAAACUACUGGCAAUUUAUUCACGAUUAUAAUAAUUUUUCUGAGGGCAAAACAAAAAUUGAAAAUCAGAUUAAAUAGGAAGAUUAUCAUGUAUGUUUUAUUGUAACUUUAUUAAGAAAUUUGCUUAUAAAUCAGUAUUAUGUUGACAAAAACCAAUCUAAGACAAAUUGUGUCAAAUAUUAUAUCACAGUGGAUGUAAACUAAACUUCCUUGUGCCACCAUGGAAUAAAUUAAUAAGAAAUUUGUAACACACAUAAUUUUUGUUCAGCAUUUUCUUUUGUGUACAUAUUGCAUAAAAAAAAUAACAUUGACACCAACCCCAUGUGUUGCCCAAUCACAACAGAUAUAUUCCACAUGAUAAAAUCCAUGACAAGAAACAGUAUAACAGAGACAUCCGUUAACAAAAAUGAAUUUCCUCCAUGGUAGGACCAAUAAAAA